AUGGCGCUGGGUCUCGACGAUGAUGAGCUUAAGUCAGUGGAGCAGAUCCUCUCGCGCCUGGCGCAGCUCUCGAGCAGCAUCCAGAGCUUAAAGCUGGACAUAAUCAAGAGCAACCCCCUUCCCCAUCCGGACUCGCUACACGCCUCGGCCCAGAUCCUCCAGCGAAACCUGCAAACCGUCCUCGACUGCCUCGCCGAAAACGCCGACCUCUUUUCACGUGUCGCCGUGCGCCCGUCGACCAACUAUCCGGGCCGCGCGCAUGAGGCCGUGCUGACGCAGCUGCUGCGGAAGAAGCUCGAGCCCGACGUGGAGGAGCUCGUGACCAGGGGGCGGGAGACGGCGCGGCUGGCGACGCCGGCCGGUGUGGCGGGACUGCAGGCCCUCUGGGACGAGCUGCGCGCGUGGACGCAGAGCCGCAUCGCCGACUAUGUGCGGGAUGAGGCGGGGGGUGCGUAUACAAAGGCGGAGAGGGAGAUGGGCACCGAGGGGGUGAGGACGGGCCUGCGGCGGGAUAUCGACGACGACGACGACGACGAGGAUGAGGACGACGACGAGGAAGAGGAAGAGGAGGAAGAAGAGGAGGACAAGGCGGUGGUGGUAGGGGCAGGACUAGGAGGGGAUGAGCCGCCGGCACCGCCGAGAGGACCGGAGAUUGAAACGCUGCUGUGGUUCUCGGCGCGUGCGGAUUUCGACGUCCCGCGGAAUAUAGACUAUGAGCGCAAGGGGGCGGCGGUUAUGCGUGGACUGGACGGCAUCAAUAUUCCGCCGCAGAAGAUGGAGGGCGUCGACUUCCCGGUGGAGAAUAUGGGCGGCGUGCACCCGGCUGUGAAACCAAUGCGGCGGUAA